AUGGGGGCAGCAGCCGAGGUUGGGAGCUUCGCCAACGGGUUCUUGGACAGCUUUGGUGCCGCUCCGGCUCCGGUCGGCUCGCAUUUUGUUCUCACCCCGGCAGGGGCGGUGGACUACAACUCCGCGACGGGACUGAUGAUGAGGGGACAGGGGGGGCAGCAGCAGGAGCACCUGGUGUCCGCCGAGAGGCUGUCCCGAAGCCUGGCGGACCUCAGCCAUCUGAAGGGGAUCCUCAGGCGGAGGCAGCUUUACUGCAGGACGGGCUUCCACCUGGAGAUCCAUACGGACGGCACCGUGCAGGGCACCAGGAAAGACCACAGCAGAUUCGGUAUUUUGGAGUUCAUCAGUCUUGCAGUGGGACUGGUCAGCAUCAGAGGGGUGGACAGCGGUCUGUACCUCGCCAUGAACAGCAAGGGAGAACUGUAUGGAUCGGAAAAGCUGUCAGCAGAGAGCGUCUUCAGGGAGCAGUUUGAGGAAAACUGGUACAACACAUACUCCUCGAACAUCUACCGGCACGGAGAGAAAGGGGCCUUUUACUUUGUAGCGCUGAACAAAGACGGGACAUCCCGGGAUGGAACCAGGUCCAGGCGACAUCAGAGGUUCACUCACUUCCUGCCCAGACCUGUAGACCCAGACAGAGUCCCAGACUUGUAUAGAGACAUUCUGGGCCAGAGCUGA